GUAUUUUAUAAAAACUAUUCUAACGUUUAAUGUUUACAGGCAAAGGAUAUUUGGUUCCUUAAAUCUUAAUUAGUGCUCAUUGUGUUGAUUCAUAUGACUUCUAAGCGGCAACAGUAUUAAUAAUUUUUAUAAACUAGAGAUGAAAAUAUUGAAAAACUAGCUUUUAAAAUUAAGGGCACGUGAGCAAUGAACGGCAUGGACAAUCGCCAAUCACAAACAAUGAAUUAUAAAUAAAUUAUUUAUAUUUAUAAUUUAUUGAUUGAUUUAUAUUUAAUGAAAAUUUUGAUUCAAUAAUCAAUCUUUCCAACAUAGAGUCUUUAAUUCUUCAAAUUUAAUCUCAAUCACUUAUUGGUUGAUUAUUUGUAGCUGAAAUCAGCAUCAAUUUGAUCAAUCAAGCCUCAACUUUCCUCGCCUCAGCCUCGCCUCAGCCUCGCCUCAAGUCUCAAGAGACAGAAUAUUCUCACUCGUUCAACAAUAGAUAUAAUUUAUAAUUGAAACGAAUUGUAUUAACUGUAAUUAGUAACAUGCAGCACAUAUUCAGAUCGGUAACUUAAAUUUAAAUAUCUGUUAUAGUGAAUUGUUCUUACACAAAUGUAUUUAUUAGCCUAUUUAUUAAAAUAACUUCCCCUUUUAAUGCCCUUUUACUUUUAAUUUUAAGUUCAAUUAAAUCAAAGACGUAGUACUUAGGCCUACCAUAACUUACAGAUAAAAUUUGCUACCAGUAAUAAUUAUUUUAAUUAACUUUGAAAACAUAAUCAGAAACAUCAUUGGUAUUUGAAAUUUAAAUAUAUCAGCUGAGAUGCUUUACUUGAUGAUAAAUUACCUCAUUUCAGACAUUAAAAAUCUCAUAAUCAAACUUGUAUAAACUACUGUAACUUACUGCUAGUAAUGAUUUCAAUAAAGCAGAUGUAAAUAUUCAUUUAAUAUGAUUGGAUUUGAUCUUCACAUCUACAUAAAUUGUGUGCAUUCUUUAACUUAAUUAUUUGUUCAUUUCAGACUCACAGAUAUUACAGUCCUAUUGUGUUAGAUACAAUGGCUAAAGUUGGUGUGGUUGGUGCAGGGGUACUGGGUUUGUCUUCAGCCCUUAACAUACAAAAGAUGAUACCCAACGCUAAAAUCACAAUAGUUGCUGAUAAAUUUGACAAAGAUACAACAAGUCAUGGUGCUGGAGGAUACUUUCGGCCUUAUAUGAAUGACUAUGUUGAAGAAGACAAACGAAUGGUGGAGUAAGAACACUUUGAAACAAAUUUGAAAUUCCACUUAAAAAUUGUCAAACUUUGGGGCCAUUUGUUAUCAACAAAUCAAUUUAUUCAAAUUGAUAAUCUUAAUAUUUGCGGUCUAGAUUUUCUUUCAGUUAGUGAAGAAUAAUAAAGGUACCAAUCAUUUCUAAACAUUGAGUUAUAAAUGACGGCAUGCCUCUAAGGCAGUGCAGUCCAACCUUUGGACUACGUGAGCCAAAAAAUUGUUUUCUGCUAAUCCGAGGGCCUCAAAAGAAAGUUGUUUCUUUUUUUUUUUUACUCUUUAGAAAAUUAUUCAUAUUAUUAAUACUUCUAACUGUAUGCAUACAGUAAAGAGUCAUAUGUCCAUUAUUGGCUCAUCAAUAGAGUGAAUAAAAACUGUAGCCCAUUUCAAUGAUAUAUUUUGCUUUGAAUUUUACUUACAAUUUUCUUAAUUUGAGUUAGUCAUCAGUAACACCUGCCCUAAAUGUUCACCAGUCAAAGUGUUACAAUUUUAGACUUGAUGUUGGUCAAUACAGAGAAUCCAGCUUCACUGAUGUAGGGGGAUUCCAAAGACUUGGUCCAAAUUUUGUUUCAACAUUUCCAUAUUUGUGGAAAUUCAUGAGAUGAAACAUGUCAUCAUCCAGAAUUUAUUUGUCCACACAUUCAUAUGUUUGUGUAAAAAAAUACUUUCAAGAAUUAUUCCUGCUGUCUCUCACAAAUCGCCCCUGACUGAAUAUCACCAUCACCAGCUACAAACACAGCUUGCAUCCUGCUUUCUAUCUGACUGAAUAUCACCAUCACUAACUAUAAACACAGCUUGCAUCCUGCUUUCUAUCUGACUGAAUUGCACCAUCACUAACUAUAAAUACAGCUUGCAUCCUGCUUUCUAUCUGGCUGAAUUGCACUAUCACUAACUAUAAACACAGCUUGCAUCGUGCUUUCUAUUUGACUGAAUUGCACUAUCACUAACUACAAACACAGCUAGCAACCUGUUUUCUAUCUUACUGAAUUGCAUCAUCACUAACUACAAAAACAGCUUGCAUCCUGCUUUCUAUCUGACUGAAUAUAACCAUCACUAACUAUAAAUACAGCUUGCAUCUUGCUUUCUAUUUGACUGAAUUGCACCAUCACUAACUACAAACACAAAUUGCAUCCUGCUUUCUAUACAUUGAACAUCUCAUACUCUGUUUCAUACUCAUUCUCUUAAAACCAGGCACUUGUCCCCAAGGUCACAACAAUUUAGGAUGGACACACGCUCUGUCUCAUACCUGGCAGCAUGACCUGUUUAAAUAACAUGGUACCAUACAUGGUUCAUGCUGCCCAGGUUCCCAAAUGGUUUCUCUGCUGAUGUGUCCAACAUAAAUUACUGCUACCUGUCAAGCCAUACCACUCCUUAGCUUUUGUGCCCCCCUUUUCCAUAUUACAACUUCUCAACAAUACUAAAUCAAUGAAUGUGGUUUGAAAAUAUAUUCACCCUAAAAUAUUAUACUUUUUACACACAUAAUAAAAAUGUCUCAAGCUGUGGCACACCAUUUAAAAUCAGCCCACAGGUCAUGGGUUGGACAGCACUGUAAGUGUCUAAUUUGUGUUAAAAAUUUUUGAUGAUUAGGGAAGAUAAUUUUUCCCAAAAUAGUGUGACAUAAUUUAUGGACAACCUAAAAUAUAAUAAUAAGUAUUUUGUAGUUAUGAGAAAAAGGUGGUAGACUUGCUUUUUUGAAAGAAAAACUAUAAAGAUAUUUCUUCUCUCACUAGUACGUAAGGAAAAUAGGGCUUGUAUAAAGAAAAGGCUAAAUCUUUGCGUGUAUUGUUACACUUUGGCAGAUCAGUUGGGUUAUGGCGCCCUUGAGGGUUUUAUAUAUUUAAAAUUAAUACCACCUCCCAGAAAAUCUUGGUAUGCUGAUGCCUUUUUUAUAUGUCCAUCACUGCUUAUAUGUAGACUUAUAGUUAUUAACAAUAUGCAAACAUUAUAUUCUACAUAGACAGUGGUGCAGAGAUUCCUGGGAGUAUUAUAGCAGUCUUGCUCAUUCUUCUGAUGCCUAUGAAAGUGGUCAAAGAAUGGUCUCUGGAACGGUUGUGUAUAACACCCCUCAGGUAAAUGGCAAUUAUGAAGAAAUUAAAAUAUUUAGAAAUAAAUACACCCAUUUAUUUUGUAAAUAACCAAGAGAAUGAUUUUUAUUAAAGGGGAUUAAAAAAAUAUGCAUGCUAUUUAUAUGAAAGUAUUUUGAAAUCAGAAAAUGUCAAAUUAAAUAGAUUAGAUAAAUUUGCCUGUCAAAUUUCAACUUUCUCGAAAAUUAACUUAAAACUGUCCUCAAAAAGAUGAAACAGACAGGCAAUGCUCAUGUCAAGUAGAAUAAAAUGGAUGUAAAAUAUAUUUUUAAAUUGUCACAGUUAACUUUCAUUACUUCUAUUUUGUUGUGUAUAAUUUUUAUAUUUAAUUUGCCAGUUUUAGAAAAGUAUGGCCAUAACAGUACUUCUAAAAUCAAUUAAAAAGAGCCCAGUUAUGUAUUAUAUAGAAUUGUAUUUCAGGUAUAUUUGUUUAAAUUUAUAAAGGAAAUAACUAAUUUUUUAUUUUUUUUUGCCUUUGCUAUUUAAGAGAAAAUUGAAAAAAGGCCCUGCCAUAGCCAUAGGUGCCUAUCAUAAUAUCAAUAUUUCUUUUUAACAGGAUCAGCCAUAUUCUUUACUUGCCAGUUUAUCCUCUGAUUUUCAUCAAGUAAAUAAUGAUUAUUUAAAAAGAAUGAAUUUAAAUUACAAGUAAGUUUAACAAGAAGUUUUAUUUAUGAUAAAAGAAGUUUAUAGCUGUUCAGAAUUUUUUUAAAAUAAAAGAUUUAAAAAUUUGAAAGCUUUUUUGUUUCUAAAAUUUGAUUUGUUUAUGUAUCUCCAUGCAUAAAUUUUACUCAGAUAUGGUUACAACUUUACAACAGUCGUCACACAACCUCCCAAGUUUUUAACUUGGAUUAUGAGUCAGUGAGUUCAAAUGUUUCUAUUAAUUAUUUUCUAUAUUAAAGAUUUCAUGGAAAAUUAUACCAGGCUAACAAUUUAUGAUGCUUUAAUUAAUACUUAUUAUAGCAUAAUUUUUAAGGGUAAUGCCAUUUUUUUCCGAAAGAAAGGAAAUUAUAAACAAUUUUAAAAGAGGCAAGCUUGUUAUUAGGAUAACUAAGUUUUACAGCGGGUGUUCUAUCCAUUGGAAAUAGCACACUAUGAAUAUUAAAAGUGGUAUGUGUUAACUUAUUCUCAUUUAAUUAGCAACAGUGGACCUGACCCUGCAUUAAAAAAUCUAUAUGCUUUUUGAUUCCACAAAGGAGAUUCAAUACAUGAGCUUUCUGAUUUUCAAAACGUAAUAAGGAAUGUUAAAAUAUUUAGUUGUCAGUCAUUAAUAUUACUAAUUACAGUUAAUUUAACUAUUUUUUUCAGAUUUAAGGAAAAUGGAGGUUCUGUUGAAAAAAGAACAGUACAAAAACUAACAGAAGUAUGAAACUAUUAGGUUUUUAAAUCCUGCAUUGUACAUACAAAACUUGUCUCUUUUACCUUAUAAUUUUACGUUGAUUAAAUGUUAACAAUUACUUGACGCGAUUCUUGGAAGAAAACAUUUCAGUUUAACUUCAGUUACAUUUAUAUUACAUUAAAAAUGUUCAUUUUGAUACUAUAUUCAAUUUUUUAAAUUAUAUAAUAUGAUCAAUAUGGUGUUAAAUCAUAGAAAACACUACAUGAAAAUUUUCAAAAUUUUCCAGAACAUAUUACCAUUACUUUAUUACUAUGCUUUCAGCUGAUUGGAGAAUUUGAUGUUGUAAUCAACUGUUGUGGACUUGGAGCCAGAGAGCUAGUAAAUGACAAUGAUAUUGUUCCAGUUAGAGGUCAGCUUGUAAUGGUGAAUGCCUUUUUUUCUAAUCUAGUGUAUUAGAAGUAUGAUUAAUGAUAAUGUAUCCGAUACAGAGCUAUUAUUACUAAGUAUUGCUCCAUCAUCAUACAAUUCAACUAUAACUGAUUGAGUGCGUGAUGAAAAAUGUUUAGGAGUACCAUAUUUUUAUUUGUGUUACAAUUUUUCUUUCUGUUAGGUACACGCCCCUUGGAUAAGGCACUUUUUCCUUUCAGAGGAUGAUGUUUACUUUAUACCACAGUAAGAAUAAUUUGAUUUUAUGAAUAUAUUAGAGAUAGUCAAGUUUUUAUUUUAAAAUGUGUUCUUUUUAUAAAUGGAUUUUAUAUUUGCUAGUAACGAUAUUUUCAAUUGAUUUUGUGUUAAAGUGAUGAUAAGCUGAUUAUUGGUGGCACCCGAGAACGUGGCAACCACAGUCUUACACCCGACCCUGCAAUCAGGGACAAGAUAUUGUCCAGAGCCUUGGGAUUGUUUCCUCAGUUGAAGGUAAUUCUUUUAAUUUUAAUGACAGACUUAACUAAACUAAAAGGGAAUAUUUCAACUCAAUGAAAAAUUAAAAAUGCUAUUCACAUCGUAUAUGGCUGCCAUUUUUGACAUAGACAGCCAUAUAUUGACAAUAGUUUUCAUAGCACCUAAAACUUGGGCAUGUUUAUACAUCUUUACCCAGUUCCUUCCCAUCUUUUUUUAUGUCUGUAAACAGGUUGUCUAAUCUGAGCCUAGUGUGGUGACACAUGCUGUCAAUCAUUUCCCCCACUGCCCUUGAUUGGGAAAGUUUGUGUAUGUAUCCAGAAGGCUCUACAUAGAUGGAGAAAUACUCUCCAUUGAUUUGAAUUUCUAUUCUGGAGGGUUCUGACUCCCUCACUAUAAAUAAGACGGCUAACUGUGACUAACAGACUUUUAUGAGACUUGCCAGACUUACAAGAGCCCUUCAAGACUUACUAGAUCUUUAACUAUGUAUGUGUGAAUUAAUAUUUGUACCUUUCUAGUAUUGAACUUUUUCACUUGCUGUGUUGUUAGUUAAUAAAGUUCUUAUUUCUGUACAUUUGAUUUUGUAUUUUUAUAUCAACUUAAUAGUACUUAAAUUGAUUUUUUUAAAUAUCACUAGCCUAGGUAUCUUUUUUCUUUGUUUAAUGGUUUUCAGUCCUUUCAUCUAACAAGCCAAAUUUUAAAACAACAUAUUAAAUUUUUUAAACUUUAUUUAUAGGGGCCUACUUUCAAGCCAUGGGAAGUAAAUAAAUAGUGUAAAAGAUAUGUUUAGGGUUUAAAAAAGACAUGAAACUUAAAUGGAUGUAUGAGCUAGACGCCUUCUUCAGCAGGCAAUACAAUAAUUAACAACAAAUAAAGAAAAUAUGUAACUUAUGAUUUUGAAGAUGUCAAUAAUAUCAACGUAGGCUGUAGGUCAAAGUUCAGAGCAGGAAGCCUAAACUUAUCUUGUUACACUAUUUAUUAAACCUUAAAUGGUACGUAACAAUAUUCUUAAAAGCAUGUUACAAUAAUUACAGUAAUUAAACAAAAUACUGACUUAUCUUAAAAAUCUUUCCCAAUUAUCUUAUUAGGGUGCAAAGGUUGUGGAGGAAUGGGUUGGACUGCGGCCAUCUAGGAAAAAGAUUAGAUUUGAACAAGAAAUAUUACAGGACAUCCAGGGUAGAAAGUUACCAGUUAGUAUUAUUUUAAUAAUUAUUUUUUACCAUUGCACCAAUUUUAAGUUAGGUUAUAAAAUAAUGGAACUAUUCACAAUUUUUUAAAAUUAAUUUUAUAAAUAGUUAAAUUACGUUAUGAUAGCCGAUUGUUUAAUUAAAUGAGGGAAGUGUAUUCAAUAAUCAAGCUUGAUGUCUCAAAAGAAUUUACUGGUAAGAAAAGCUUUAAAAAAGUAAGCCUAAAGAUUUAAAUUUAUUAAACAACUGAAUAAACAAUUGAACCUCUAUUUCAGGUCCUUCACAACUAUGGCCAUGGGGGUCAUGGAAUAUCACUUGGCUGGGGCUCAGGGCUUCAUGCAGCCAAAAUAGUUAAAGAUAUUCUCAAAUUUGACAAAAUAUGAUACCCAGUUGUUUGUGGGGAUAAAUGAGCAAAAUAAAACAAUAAUUUUCUCCCCUAAAAUUAACUUGCUCUAACACUCUUGACCAAAAUUGUAUGGUAAUGGAUCCUCAAAUUCUUCCUCUCAUGACUCAAACAAAGAAAAAAAUUGAGAUAAUGAUUAGUUAUUUGGGUUCUAGAGAAAUGCAAAUGAGGCUUUCACAUCUCCUCAUUGAACUUCCCCCCUUCUUUAUGUAAUGUGUCUGUGGUUGAAUUUAGCAAUUGUGUCUUUCAUUAUUCCUUGUGGUUCUCAUUUUUGUUUCCUUUGAUGUCUGAGCCGUGUUCCAAUCUUGCCAGGGCACAAACAGGGAUUCUUUAAAUGCAUGCAUGAUCUGCCAAAAAAAUAAAAGUAAAUAUUAAGUUUUUAAACUUGCUUUAGUAAACAGUAAAUUGUUUUGUUGCUUUCCAAAUAAAACCCUACUUGGCAAAAUGAUUCAUAUUAUUGUAUAGUAUAACAAUAAGAUAUUUUAUUUGACGACUCUAAAGUUAAAUGAUAUGCCCAAAAUAUGAUAUCCUAUUGUGAAACUUAAUCUUACUUAUUACCAGUCUUUUAUGUCAUAGUGAUGCUGUUUGUAAAGCAGAUUAUAACUUAUUAUUUUAUUUAUGACUGCAACUCAGUUUUCAAACAUGUAUAAUUGUUAGAGCUGAGAUGGUUACAACUUUAUUAAUAACUGAAUUAAUUGGGCCAAUCUCUGUCAUCUAAAUUAACAUUCCAUUUAAGAAUAUGUCUUAAGCCACAUAAAAUUUAAAAUACAAUUUUAUUUACUUGUGAGUUCACAACUUAAAUUUUGCUUAUGAAAAAUGUUACAUUUAUUUGCUUUGCAAUAAUUUGUAUGAAAGUAAAUCUGAAAAGAAAUCUAAAAAUCAAGAUUUUCUUUGCCAUAUUGUUAAAACCAAAAAGUAUUAUUAACUAACUACAAUGUUUUAAAAAUACAUUUUGUUUUUUAGUUACUCUUUCAAUGUGAUAAAGGUUAUAUAACAGUAAGCAACAAUCUUUUGUAUUGUAAUUGCAAUUAUUUGUGUAAAUAAAGAUGUACUUAUCAACAGAGAAUCAUUAAUUUUUCCCUCAUCUGUGUCAAGAUCAGAAAUAGCAUGCUAAUGAAAAGGCGUUUUCUUCCUUUUCAUGUUUUGCCAAAAUUCACAAAAACAAAUUAGAAUUUCUAACAAUCUGAAUUUUAUGCUGUCAUAUGUUAUUUUUUUGGGUCUGUUAAUUAACUCUUAUUUACUAUUUUAAUAUUUCUCGUAACAUUAAAU